AUUGGUUUGUUUGGUCGCGAGAAAUUCUAAACCCCGUUCGGACGUUGUAUAAUACGAGCGCGUUCGCAGAAGAUCCGAUUAAACGCCGACUUUAAAGAAGUGGUACGGCUUCCGAAGGUUAGCGUGCUUGAGUGUGCAAAAAAGGCGGAUAAUCGUUUUCAACACUGAUGGUAGUUGUUUGUUGUAUAGAGGCCUACUUUGGCAGGACAGGUGGACAGGCUGUGUGCAGUAGCUGUGGGCCAGACAGAAUGGGACCCAAAAAAGGAAUUUUCAUGACCGUUUAAUCGGAUUUCGAGGACCGCUGUGUUAGCUCAAACGUAUCGACAACAAGCGUUAUUGAUCGUUCAGUUGCCGAGCUGCGGAGUAAUAGCCCAGGACGGAAGAAACAGCUUAAUAGUGGCGAAACUACGACCAUCGAGAAUGGCACUGAACGGGUUUUUAGAAUUCUUUCAACGAGAGAAAACGUUUCGACCAAAGAAACGAUUCACUCAGGGCACGAUCCGGUACUCGCUACACAAGCAAGCCAAUGCCAGCCUCCAGUCCGGUAUCAAUUUGAAGGAGGUGGUAAGACUACCGGCUGGUGAGAACAUGAACGAUUGGCUUGCCGUUCAUGUGGUGGAUUUCUUCAAUCGGAUUAAUCUCAUCUACGGCACUAUAUCGGAGUACUGCAACGAAACCACCUGCCCGACCAUGAGCGGUGGAGCAAAGUACGAGUACCUAUGGGCAGACGGAGAAACCUACAAGAAACCCGUACAGUUGCCGGCCCCUCGGUACAUUGAACUGCUGAUGGAUUGGGUAGAAAAUCAGAUUAAUAACGAGACACUCUUCCCUGUGUCGACCGACGUGCCAUUUCCGAAAACGUUUCCGAGUUUGUGCAAAAAAAUUCUUACCCGCCUGUUUCGGGUGUUUGUGCACGUGUACAUUCAUCAUUUUGAUAGGAUUUUCAGUAUUGGCGCGGAAGCGCACGUAAACACCUGCUAUAAACAUUUCUACUACUUCGUGACCGAAUUCGACCUGAUGUCAGCAAAAGAGCUCGAGCCUCUCGCAGUGAUGACGGCGCAAAUGUGCAAAGACUAACCGGUAAGCAGCACCAGGUACGGAACAUAGGAAUGUAUUCGAACAGCUAAGCAAACACGCAAAGAGAUAGGCACGAUGUCUCAUGCUGAAGUGGUGAACAGCAAAUAAACAAACAAAUCAAAUGCUACGCAAUGCAAACAAAAGAAACACCCUUCCGAGGGACACACAUACACACACAAGCAUAAGGCGGGGAUGGCCGUGAAAUGGAUUUAAGUGACGCCUCAUUAACACAAAGAAAUAAAGUGCAAACAAAAAGCUGAAAACAAUAA